AUGGCUCUGGAAGAUGACCUCAAGUCCAGCCCGCCUUGCCACCCACGAGCGUGUGCCAUCCAAGAUUGCUUGACAAAGAACAACUACAACGAAUCAAGAUGUCAAGGCUUAGUGGACGCCCUUUAUGACUGUUGUGACGCCUUUUACAAGAGGAAUGGCGAUGACGCGACCACAGUCAGCUGCCCCAAGGCGAACCUCCUGCGGCUCAAGAUGAAGCAGAGACGCGACGGACAGAACAAGUAA